AUGUCCUCUGUUAGCAAUAUCAACAAGCUGAUACGGUCCUUUGUCGCAAAGGGGAAUUUCAAUGCUAUUUUUGAUCCAAUCGAAGUGGUUUAUGCGGACGACCAUUGUCUUAAGUGUCGUUUCAAGGUCACAGAGAAGGAGUCCAAUUCUCUGAGCACUCUUCACGGUGGCUACACUUCCAGCCUCGUUGACUUUAUCUCCACAAUUGACUUAAGGCGUCGUGGAGUGAACAGUAGUGUCAGUGUGGAUUUGGCCACUUCCUUUAUGAGGGCCGCACCCGUUGGUUCGUGGAUUUCGGUGGAGUCCUACGUCCUUAAACAGGGAAAAACACUGGCCUUCUGUGAAGUCAAUCUGCUUGACGAGGCCACUGGGCGACUGGUUGCCAAGGGGCGACACACAAAAUUUCUAUCGUAA